GACUGCUCUGACCGAAGGCUGACGUCGGUACCGACCGACCUGCCACGGAACAUAACAAAGCUGGUGUUGUACAACAACUCGAUACAAUCCGUACCCAACAACACGUUCUGCAACGGAUCCUGCCUGUACUGUCGUUUGGGUGCCCUCGUGCUGGCGGGGAAUAAAAUCUCUCGCUUGGAGCUCGAUUCUUUUCGGUGCCUGCCCCGCCUGAGCUACCUCAACCUCAAACACAAUGACCUGCGGAUGAAAAACGGGACUUUUCCGAGCGGCGUGUUCAAGCACAUAAGCCGUCUGAGAAAGUUGAUAAUCAACCGAAAUAACCGGCGUGUCAAGGACAGAAACCUAACGUAUCAGGACGAGGCGUUCGGCGAUCUGACGCGUCUCAAAUACUUGUACGUGGACGGAUUGGCCCACAGCUAUUUCGGUAAAGGGUUUCGUAGAAUGCGCAAUCUGACCCACCUGACCCUCAGCGGCUACACCGAGGGUUUUUGUCGGCUGGGGGGACUCUUGAGUUACACCUUUGAAAACCUGCCAAACUUGUCCUUCCUGAACGUCAGCGACUGUUUUAUUGACGGGACGCGCUACGAGCAAGGCGCGCUGAAGACUUUACCAAACCUCAAAACGCUCGACCUGUCCUUCAACCUCAACAUCGGCUUCGGGGGUAUGAAAAAGAUAUUAAGGGAUAUUAAUGGCACCAAGCUGACGAAGUUGAUCGCGAACUCCAUCGUGACCCGAUUCUCGACGUCCGCGACAAUCACGCAGGAUCUCGUUGAAAACCUGCCGAAGACCAUCCUCUAUCUCGAGGCAAGGGAAAACUGUUUCGAAUCGGUGGACCCGAAGGUGUUCGAUCUACUUCCGGAAAAUUUGACGCAUCUCGACUUGGGGAGCAAUCGGUUUGUCUUCGGUAAAUAUCUGGAGAACCUCCCUAAGCUUAAGAACUUGGAGACGCUGAAGUUGACCCGCGGGUCCUUCAUGUACAACAUACCGAGGCAGUACCCGUUCCUGCCGAAGGGCGGGUUUGAUGUCUCGUCACGGGACUCGGGUCUGGAACGUGAGCCGCUAGAGACGACGCACAGCUUGGAUGACGCUGAGGUGGACGAGGUUGGCUACAUGGUGAACCUGAUCCUCAGACUUCCCCCGAAGCUGGAAUCUAUUGAGAUGCGGGUGGCCGGCCUUGACUACAUUCUUUCUGAGCUCAACGUGGACACCAACAACAGUCUAAAGAAUCUCUCCCUUGCAUACAACUACUUCCCCAAAGCGAAAGGUCCCAUAUAUGGGCUUCACAGCUUGAUCUCUCUUGAUCUACGAGAAACGUCCUUGUACUACAUCGGUCAGAAGUUUUUCAAAAAUUUCCCGUCGCUUGUAAACCUGCUGCUGGCCUCCUGUCAGCUGGGGAACUAUUUUUCCACGGCCAAGCUCAACGAGACCAUCUUCCACGACCUGACGAACUUAGAGUACCUACUCCUGUCGGACAAUCGCCUGACGACUCUCCCGAAAGACGUGUUCAGAGGACUGGACAAGCUGAGGGUGCUCAACCUCGCCGUGAACCAGAUCUGGGGGUUCCAAAUGGACAUCUCCCACAUGCUUCAACUCAGGAGCAUCAACGUCAGUCACACGGAGCUCCCGACGCUGCCGAAAUCGGUGCGAGACCAUGUUGAUAUGUUGCUACGAAGAAAAAACACAUCCUUCACUGUGGACAUGUCGUUCACGCCCAUUCACUGCGACUGCCAGAACCUUGAGUUCCUGCACUGGCUGGUCGACUCCGUGGCGUUCAACGUCGGCGGGUUCAAAAACUACAUGUGCCUGUACCCCGACACGUCCCACAAGCAGGUCACGGACGGUUACGUGGAGGACAUCAGAGUUCUGGAGAAAAAUUGCGCAGAGAAUUACCCGGUGUUCUUGGCGGUCCUUGGUGGUACCUUGGUGCUCCUGGGCUGCGUUGUGGCUGGACUGAUCUAUAGGUGA